AUGUCAAGGGAUGUGGGUAAAUUGGACAACACCAUCGACUACCUGCACACGGCGCACCGGUUGCCCGGAACAAUAACAGAGACAGUUUUCCAGGUCACUUUUCUGUUACGCGAGUCUCGGCGUGACGCCUGGGUCUGCAUUGUCUUCAACAUGAGUCUGUCUAUUCUCACGUUUGCACGAGCAAUCAUACGUUUUUUGCUUAAUUAUGAAAUUUACUAUGACAUUGAGAACAACGGCAGAACCGAUGGUGUACUAAACUUUUACAUGCUGCAUGCCCUGGAAGACCUCGUAAUCUUCCUAAUGAUGAUCGUCUUCGCCUAUCAUUUCUGGAUCUUCUUCUACUACGUUCCCGCCUUCCGCACUUGGGUAUUUGGUGAGACAAAGGAAACAGUAAGCAGCAUGCGACAAAGGAUGGAGCCCUUUCUGCCAAUUGAUCCAGAUGGGGAAGAGUAUCAAGAGAAUUGGGACUCAAGCACUUUCUACCUUCAGAACGGUAAUCCCGUCCUUUACGAGCGUUUGACUGAACUCGAUAAUAUAAUUAAUGCAGCCCAGCGGGAGGUUUCUCGUCCCCGUGGAGGAAGAGACGAUCUUAGGAUAAGCCAACUUGAUCGCAAGAAAAAGAAGUAA